AUCGGUAAGAUCGAAACCACUCGAGUAGGGAACUGAGUGAAAUUCUUCAUGGUAGCGUAAGUUUAGCUUAACCGCAUAACGAUCCCACUAGCAUAGUUAGAAUUUGUAAGUCACUCGUUAUAGUUCACUGAAUUCGUAGCAUGCUGUUUGACUUUGUUUGACUUUGAGUAACGGCCUUUUCUCUCGAGCCCAAUAAGUAAGUACUAACGAUCUUAGUCACACUCCGUAAAAGGUUAGCAGGUAGACGCAGCUCAAGCUUUUACAGCGUUGCAAGAACUUACAAGCAUACUAGACAGCGUAGAAAGGUUUACUUGAAGCACUUGAAAACUUCCAUUUUGCAUUACGGAUUGGUGUUGGAUAUUGUCUUAGCAACCCAAAGGAAUUCUUCAGCUUGUUCGUCAUCGAAUCUCCAUCCUCAUUAUUGUACUUAUACCACUAGGAAAAGCACUGAGCAAACGUAGCGUUACUCGUUAUAGAUUGCUGUAGAUUGUUUCCUUUCGCCGAACUUCGUCCACCUUAGUACCUCCAGGAAGUAUUUGAAUUGGUAUUGACAGUUAUUGCGCCAUCUGAAGCCACUGGGUUUUUUUUCAGUAAGCUAACCAGUAACUACAAGAAAAACGCACUAUCUUCACUCUAUCAGGUUCCCCCGAAAAGCGUAGGCUUUCCGUUUGAGUAAAAGUAGCGCAUCAAUAUAAGUAAUUUCAAAUCUAGCGGGGCAUAGUUAAGAUAGUUAGUUGUACCAGCAGGCUAGGUAACUUGUUUAAAAGAUUUUUCUUGUUGUUGUUUUUUUUCUUACGCCGGACCUUAUAAUACUUUGCCGCAGUAAUAGUACUACCUGGGUUACGCACCUUCGCCGCAGCUAUUAGCAAGAUGUCGACGAUGAAGAUUGAUCCCAAGAUCAUCACGCCAUGGGGCGCAAAGCAGAGCUGGUCUGAUUACAUGCAGCAGGUCAUCAAGCUAUGGAUGUUGACCACCGAGGUACCCGCCGACAAGCGAGCUGCUCACAUUGUACUAUAUGGCAUCCGCCCGGAGCAUGAGCAUAUUGCGCGCGAGCUGAACUUGCUGGACACUCGCAUUCUGGUUGAGGCAAAGGACCCCGCAGCUGAUCACCAAGAUGCCCAAGUGAAGGAUCUGCUUCGGAAGUAUACCCCUGUGGAGCGCAUUUGUUACCUUGUCGGCACGGUGUUAAAACAAUCGAAGCCGCUUGAAGGAUGCCGACACUAUAACUCGCUGACGCGCUUCGAGCGCCGAGCCAACGAAAGCUAUGCUGAUGCUUUGAAGCGUUACAAGUCCUUAGUGGCGACGGUGCGCACUGACGGACGCAACCUUACCGAGCGUGAACUAUGUGAGCCUCUUUACUUUGGCAUGUUUUGGGCCCCCGCUGAUGAAGUUGCUCUACGCACGCAUUUCCAGAUCUCGGAAGUUGGUACUGGCCGCAACUUGUUCCACCACCUCUGCGAUUCGAUCGACUCGCUAUUCACGGCUACUACUACGACGAUGAAAGGCGCCGGCGCUGGUGGAAGCUAUGACGCUCAAGGAGAUGCUAUCAUGGAAAUUGUCGGCUAUGGUUACAAAAAGGGCACCGGUAAGAACGGUAAGAAAGGCGGCAAAGGAACCAGCAAGAAAAGCGGCAAAGGAUCCGGCAAGAAAGGCGGCAAAGGAGCUGGCAAAAAGGGCGGCAACGGCGGCGGUAAGAAAGGUGGAAACAAGAAGGGCGGAAAGAAGUACUACGCAAAAUACUACGAUAAUAAUGGCAAGUGCUACUUUGUUGAAGUAGAUGAUGACCAAGAACACGGAGCAGGCGCUGCUGGUCACGCUGAUGCGUGA